AUGUCAAAAGAGUGGACCAUUUAUAAAAUUUGUGGAAAUUCUUUUAAAAUUAUUUGUGAGGAGAAUAAAAAAGAAAAAAUUUAAAUUAAAUUUGAUUUAAUGGAUCAACCAUUAGAUUGUUAAAGGAUUGGAAAUCCUGAAUAGAAUUCAUAUAUAAUGUAUUCAAUUUUUAUGUUAAAAAAUUAAUAAAAAGCUACUUAGAUGAAAGAUUAAUAAAUUUAAGAGUUAAAGACAAUGAUAAUUGAGAAAGAUUAGUAAAUUGAAAAAAAAAUAGAGGAGUAUUAAAAAAUGAAGAAUUGUGAAAUUUAAUUUUAAGCCAAAAAUCAAACGAUAUUGGGACUAGAAGAAGAAAUUAAAGGUUUAGACAAAUAAUUGAAAUAGGAAAAAAGUAUGAAUGGAGAUGUUAAAGUUAAUACAAAAUUCAAAGAAUAAAUAGAAUAAUAUCAAAUUAAAAUAGAAAACAAAAAUUAAGAAAUAUCGAAAUCCAGAAAGUUAUUGGAUUAACUGUCGAAAGUUAACGAUUAAUUAUCUAAAGAUUUAGAUUAAAAAUCCAAAAUGUUAGAAUAAAAAAUCUAAGAGCUUGAGUAACUAUCUUAAUAGAACUAAAUAGUAUCCUAAAAGGUAAAUUUAUCUUAAAUUAUUAUAAUAAAGACCUAAUUGUUCAUUAAAAAAGUUCAAACUUAAGAUAAUGAUAUUAACGAAGAAAAUAAUAAAUUAAGAUAAGAAAUAUAAAACUUAAUUUUGAAACACGAAAGAAAUCUUCAUGCAGCUCUUGAAAAUUAAAAAAAGUAAUUAGAAUAAUGGUUGUAAUAAACAAUAAUUAUUCGUAAGUUUAGUUGAUGAGUAAAAAAAGAGAUUUAAAACUUGAAAGAUCAACUGAAAAGUUUUUAGUCAAAUUUAGAACAAUAAAAGGA